AUGGGUGUUAAAGAAGCGAUGCUUGGAGAGCCCAGUAGAGCGUCGUUCCUGAAUAAGCCACUGAGACGAGCUGAAGAAGGCAUGGACGAACUGGAAUAUAAUCCUGAAAUGCUCUUCUUCUUCCCUGUGCCCCUCUCCCUCAGCGUUCCUUCUACUUUGUCUCUCUCUUCUUUAUCUUCGCAGCCCUCUCUCGCUCCCCCUUUUACAUCCACACUGCAGUUGGAUGCAGUGUUAGUGGAUGAGAGACUGGUGUUGGACGUGUAUCGGUGUGGAGGAGCGAUGAUGCCCGCUUUAUUUGAGAGUGCUCCGGAGCGGAUGAAGCGGGUACAGUACCUCCGACUAGGUUCAGAAGACGGGGAAGCACUGGAAAGUGCUCUCAGUGUUCUCCCUCAUCUUACUCAGCUGCGCUCAUUAGCUAUACGAGGACACCGCUUCUACGAUGCCCAAGGUGAACCCCUCCCUGGCUUGCUGACCUCUCUUCCUCCUUCAAUCUCCCAUUUUUCACUCCUGGUCCACCUCGAUCUCUCCUUCAACCGCCUUUCGUCUCUAUCGUCCUGCCUGCUCUAUCUCAGUAACCUAUCUGAGCUCCUGCUCUGCCAUAACCACCUGAUCAGCCUGCCUGAAGAAUUGGGUGGCCUAGUGGCUCUGCGCCGUCUCAGCCUGCUGGGAAAUAAACUGGAGACUCUGCCUCCAGAGAUCGGUCUAUUGCAUGAGCUACAGGAUCUGGACGUGUCCUUUAACCAGUUGGCGAGUCUACCAGAUGAACUCGGCCAGCUGCGAAAUAUAGACACACUGGAACUCUCGUCCAACAGGCUUCGAGAGCUGCCCGAGACGUUGGGUCUUUUACACUCCUUGCGGGUGCUGGCGAUCCACAGCAAUGACUUGCGGAGCAUCCCGGAGUCUGUGAAAUCUCUCCCCAAGCUGACCAGAUUGGAUGUAGGAAAUAAUCCAUUGGGUCCCCCGACCCCCCCACCCCUCCCCCCUGCACCAGAAGCUCAGCCUGACCCUCCGAUACCAGAGUUACACCUCGCCUUCAACCAGCACAAGUUUUCUGUGUCUCCUUCUGGAUGUCAUGUAUUUGUUCCUGGUGGAGGAGAGCUUUUGUUUCCUCGGGGCUGCGUUAAGGGCUUUACACAGAUCAGCUGGGCCGAAAAAAAACCAGACAGGAAGUGGAUAUGGCUCGAGGAGCAUGAUUACCUGCUAAGUCGUCCUUUGGAACUGCUUCCGCAUGGCGUUACGUUUGACAAGCCUGUAGAAGUGUGUGUUCCUUACCACAGGACACGGAAAGGGGAGGUGAUUGUGCGCCAGUAUGACGGACACACCUGGAGUACACUACCCACCCUGACCAGGAGAGGGAGCCACAGGCACAGCUGUAGGCCACGAGGCAGACCUGCACGGCUGGCGUGCUGCACUGUGACACACUUCUCCUGGUUUGUAGCUGUUUCUCGUCCCGUUAGAGAUUGUUGCUCGGUAUUGACAGAGGGAACGCUGCUGGUGUCUCGCUAUGACCCUGGAAUCAAACUCAUUUUUCCUCCAAACUGCACCGCACAUCCACGCACUGUUGUACUGCAGGUGCUGCAGGUGGCGCAGACUGAGGUGCAGGAUCUGACUAGAGACCCACAUGCCAGUGCUAGCCCUCUCCUGUGCAUCUCCCAAACUCCUAUCGUUCCCUUCCUCCAGCCAGUCAAAGUGCAGAUCCCCCUUCCACCUGGACUAAUUGGACUUACAGUGGAUACAUCUCGGCUGCACCUCAUGCAUGGUGACCCGGAGGCCCACACCUGGACUGAUGUCACCGCUCAGGUGUCUCUGCACAUCACACAACUCUAUGCCAUCUUUUUUGUCACACACUUCUCAUGGUACUGGCUAUGGUACACCACUCAAAGCUGCAUCAGUGGAGUGGUAAGGAAGGUGUACCACAGACUAAAACAGUUCAGGGUCCAAUUUCUGGUGCUGCAGAAAAAAAAAGAUCUCACACAAGUGCUACUGCAGUGUCUUCCUUCAGAUAAGAUCGACAGUAGAUUAGACUCCCUAUCAGAGCAGUAUGAUGGUCCUCAGCCUUCAGAUGUGUGUAACAUGCUGGAAGGAGAGCAGUUCUUUGCUGGGUUCGAACGAGGCAUCGAUAUAACCUCUGAUCGACCAGACUGCAGAGAGGGCAGACUGGCCUUCACGUUCUACUCUCACCUCAAGAACAUCAAAGAGAUACACGUGUGCUCGGCACAUCAACAAGAAGGAACUGUCCGAGGACAGGUAUCGUUCUACAGAGGUGAGGUUCCCAUUGAUCUGCCAGAGGAAGUGGCUCUUAAAAGGAAAGGCCACGACAGCCAGUGGAUGGCUACACUCCCCCUAAGACUUCCUGGUGCUGACCAGGAGGGCAGUGUGUAUGCAGAGCGGCAGUACCCUCCGCUGAACCUGGGCGAUCCUGAGAGCGGCUACCUGACAGAGACCAACUUGCUGUCUAUCUCAUUACGCAUUAGCCAGGACUGGCGCAGUAUCGGCAUCAACCUGGGCAUCAGUUAUAACGAGCUGGAUCGCAUCCAGUUCAAACACAGAGAUAACCUGGGAACCAUGGUGUUGGAGAUGCUCUUCCAUUGGGCGAGAGGGCAGGAGAAGGCGGGAGCCGGAGCGGUCCCACGACUGAUCGAUGCUCUGAUUGAGAGCGGGAGGCGGGACCUUGCGGAGGAAGUGGAGGACAUAGUGAAUCUGGGGAAAAGAAAGUACACAGAGUCCCUGAAGAGAGUGGGCUUAGAGACAGAAACCCCAGCAACCUCGGCUCAGUCUCAAUUAAGCUGACAUACACAUGCACGUACUGUACACACACGCUGUUAAGAUAAUUGAGACCACUCCCAAGUUUCCUGAAAUGCCCAAAUCACAUUAAUGGUGCUGGCCUUUUGUACAUUAUGUGUUUUAUUUAAAAGAGCCAAUCGUUUAAUAUAAGACACACACACACACUUGUUUUCCGAGUCCAAGCUGUCAGGUUUUCCACUGUGUAAUCGUUGCUAUGGCUGAGCUGCUCUUGGGCUGAAUCAGCUCUUCACACAUAGCUGCUGAAAACACUUCUUUCACAUUUCCUCUCUGGCUCCUGAAGCUUCCAGCAGCCUUGUGCACACAGUCACCGACUGGAACUGGAGUGCACAAGUAUUUAUAUCACCAGUGUGCUGUUUAUUUUUUAUCACUGAGUGUAAAGUUUUUUUUGUUUUGUUUAGUUUUUUUUAACAUAAAACGAACUUCAUAUGUCUGAACACCUGACCAUCAGACCCAUGUGUAGGCCUUUUGUAUACAAUAUUUAUUAUGAGAAUCUCUUUAAUAGCAUGCAAUACGAUUGUGUAUCUAAUCUGUACAGAGAUCUGUCAGAUCUUCAACUUGGUCUACCCCAAGCCACCUUGCACAACAUCAGUGUCUAUCUAGAUGACGUUCUUGUGGGUUAAUGAACGCAAAUCCCUGCAACCACGCUCCAAAAUCUAGCACUAAACCUUUCCUAGAAGAAUAGAAGAGGAUUAAAUCCGGACCAGGAUUUUCAAUAAAGAGUUAUUUGAUGGUCAGGUGUCUGCAGACAUUCUUUAUUUAUGUACUGUAGGGUAUGAGUGUGUGUUGUUUGUAUUACAUAUUUUUUGAACACACGCAUAAAAUAAAUGUGUUGUGAAAGAA